AUGGACAGUGCAAUCACAGAAAAGAGGCCCGACAUCGAGGCCGUAACGCCGGCCAGCCCAGUGGAAACAGGCUCAAAAAAUGGAAGCGUCGACGAGGCCGAAGUCUUUGUCACGGGGGCGGAUGGCGUCAACUUCAGAACUGUUGGCUGGAUUCGAGCGUCCAUGUUCUUCCUCAAGAUGACCUUUGCUGCCGGUGUUCUCUCUAUCCCUGCCGCGCUCUACAAUCUCGGCGCCGUUGCCGGAUGCAUUUUCAUUGUCUUCUGGGGUGCGCUCAACACUUAUAUGGCGGUUCUCCAAGGGCAGUUCAAGCUCCGGUACCCCUCGGUCCAUACCGUUGCGGAUAGUGCUCACAUCGCUGCUCUGGAAAUGGGGUGGAGCAAGAAAAACGCCUUCGUCGUCAAAGAGAUCACCGAAUUCGUCUAUCUCUUCACCUGGAUCCUUUGUGCUGGCGUAUCAACCCUCGGCUUUUCCAUCGCGCUCAACGCCGUCUCUAAACACGGAACUUGUAGUGUCACAUUCGGCUUCGUGGCCUACAUCAUCGUUGCCUCUGUGGCCAGCAUCAGGAAGAUUCACAAUCUCGGCUGGAUUACAUGGGUCGGGUUCGUCUCCAUUGUCACAGCUAUCAUGAUUGUGGUCAUUGCUGUCACACUUCGCGAUCGUCCGGCAGCUGCGCCUCAAACAGGAGACUUUGAACUUGGCUUCCUUGCUCUUCCUCCAGCUGGGACAACUUUUGCCACCGCAUGGUCUGCUUCGUUGGCCAUCUUUUCGUCUUCAGCCAACACCUCCGGGUUCGUGCCUGUUAUAUCGGAGAUGCGGAGACCACAAGACUAUUUCAAGAGCGUCUAUGUCUGCAUGGCUUGGAUCACUUCGUCCUAUCUUGCUCUGGCUACGACAGUGUACGCCUAUUGCGGCAAAUGGGUUGCCUCUCCGGCCUUAGGCUCCGCCGGUCCGACCAUUAAGAUCAUCUCGUACGCUAUUGCGAUCCCCGGACUGAUUGCUGGCACCAUGAUCUGCGUUCAUGUCGCAGGGAAGAGCAUCUUUGUCCGCAUCUUGAGAAACACCCAUCAUCUGACCCAGAAUACAAAGACUCACUGGGCGGUCUGGCUAUCGUGCACAUACGGAACGGGGCUGCUUGGUUGGAUUCUUUGCGAGGCGAUCCCGUUCUACGGCAGCUUGGUCUCAUUGAUCGGGGCUCUGGGCUUUGGCUACCUGGGUGUCUGCAUCCCUGCCAUUCUCUGGUUUGUUUUGAACGAAGGCGCCCGCAAACGUUCGCCGACAAUGAUGGUCCUUUGGUAUGCGCAUGCUGGAAUCUUCGUGCUGGGUAUCCUGAUCACCGUCGGAGGGACUUACGCCAAUGUGGUGAGCAUUAUUGAUCAGUACCGGACGGGGCAGGUCGGGUCCGCGUUCAGCUGCGUUGAUAACAGCAACACCGUUGCUGGAGGUUAG